AUGAUGGUGAAGACCGCUUGUCUCUACGAUGCGUACGUUCAAAGUUACAGAAAAUGGACCUCCACUACAGUACGCCCAGCUACAGCAACUUUUUCAAAAUUUUUUUGUGAAAUCGUAAUAAGGAUUCAUAGACCAAUAAUAUUUGAAAGUUUGAACAAAAUUGAAUAAUUCUGAAUUUAACGUCGCAGCUGUAGUUGAGCCUCGCUUGGCCCUUAGAAAAAACGUGUUUUAACAUUUUUUACAAUUGGCCAAAAACGUUGUUAAUGACAUUCGAACGGAUUUUCGGAAUAUUCCCAUUAUGGGCCGUUGCCGUAUUUUUCCGUUUCCCCGAUUUUUUCCCCAGUUGUCAAUCUUCGACCUCAAGAAAAUGUUUUUUAAGAUGCAUUACCGCCGAGUACGUGUACAUAUAAAAGUAUACAUAGUAUAUUGUUUUAUCUAAUGCUUAAUUUUUGCAGCACCCUGACCGUCAAAAGGCUCGUAAAUAAGGUGCAAGAAGGAAGGAAGAGGUGCGCGAGAUCUUGACAAUCACUGAAAUGAGAAUUUUAUAUGGUUUUAUCUUCUGUCACGACAACAUAAAUCACAUGAAACGACUCCUCGAGCGGGGCAAAAUACUCGAGAUACCUUCUUCUCCUUCUUUCGAAGGCAUUCGUUUAGUGCUAAUUAUGUAUUUAUUUGUUUGCGUGCCUAUAAAUCGGGCAUCUGGUGAUCCUUUUGCAAUUUCCACAAAUGGGAUUAUCUCCCGCUUGGAUUGGGAUACAGUAAUGAAUUGUUGGUGUAAUGCCAUAAACAGGAGAGGUACAUAUUUAUGAAGGUCAAAACCUUGGAGGUCUUAUUAUGAAGCUUUAUUUAAUUUUGAUCAGUAUUUCUUAUUUUCAUCAAAAUUAUUGUCGUUUUAAAAGUUACUGCAUAACUUGAUAUAGCGUAGAGCAGAUUGGAAUCCAUUUUCCCCUUUGGCUCCACGGCGGAUAUAUGCACUGAUAUUCUUCCUACACGCCCUAAAGGAUGGAGUUUCCUUCGGUAGAAAUAAUACCGUAUCCCCCGGGCUGACAGCCUUUUAAUUUCUGAGGGGUUGGUCGCCUCGAGAUGUCUUCAAGAAAGGUCGUAUUUAAAAUUGAAGCCGACUUCAUGAAUCUUUUGAUUCGAUGGAGUCCAUCCAUCUGCCAUCCUACCGUAACCCGGUCCGUUAUACGCAUUUGUUGAAAGGCCUGCCAACGCUUUUCUGGAAUUUAUGGCCCGUCCCGAAGUUGGCCAAGUCUGGAUUCGCGCAAAGAAAGGCAACAGUUGUCGCCCCCUGUCCUCCUAUUGUCCCUCCGAUCUUGCCGCUGCCGUAAAACCGGGGAUUUCUUUUGCUCUUCACAGAUUUACAUCUCUCUCCGCUCUUUUGUCGCUUCUGGUGUCAAAACAUUCGGACAAAGGAGAUGGAUCGACGCCAAAUUAAUCUCAAAUAUUAAUCCUUUCCUUUCUAAUUAAUGCAACCGUUUUUUGAGCGUUACGCUUCUCUUGUUGCAUUACUGUAAGGGUCCAUGCUUUCAUGGGGCGUGGAAGUGUUCUGCGGGUUGUUUUUAAUAUUUGGGAGGGGUGGGGACACUUCCGUUUUGAGAUUUUAAAUGUUUCCACGGUCUUUCUGUGUUUUUGCUCUAUUUAGUGAAGUUUUCUGUAAUGUAACAACUCCUUAGUACUGUAGCAGUUUUAGGGAUUUUAGAUGAUUGUUAAUCCUCCGAAUCAAACUUUAAAGCAAAUUGAGAUUUUAAUUACUUUUUUUUCGUGCCGUCCAAAACGUUGUCAUCCGUUUUGUUUUGAUUUGUAUUUAUGAUUUUGACUUGAUUGCCUUCAUUUUGGAUACAUUUUCUUUGAAUCUUAAUCCUGCUUUUCAUUUGAUGGUCGAUAACAACAGGAGGGUAUUCAAAUAUUUUCUGUAAAAUCUUGUUGCGCGGCGAUAAUGCGGAUUGCAUAAUUUUAACAGCCUCUCGCAUCCCUUGCGCAAUACAGAAGUUUAUGAUGAUCAGAGAGGUCAUUUGAAUUUAGAAUUAUCCCUUUACAACUACAGUCAAACCUCUGUGCGAGAAUCCAAAUGAAGAAAAAAUUGAUUCCGUAUACAAGGGUUUUGUUGUACGGAGGUUAAUUUUGACUUAAAAUUGACUCCUUGGACUAAUGAAAUUAUUUGCUAUAGGGGGGUUUCUCGAUGUACCACUUCUUUACGCAGAGGGUCAGGCUUCCUGUUCGUUUUUGAAAACUUUGGUUGGACGGAGAUUCAAUAUUACCAUAAAAUUUUGUUAGGAACUUUGAAAAGGGUUUACUGUGAACAAUAUUCAGGCGUUUCUUGAUUCGCAGAGAAUUAGUGAAAAAACUUUGUGAUCAAAGUUGAAUGAGUCAUAAAGAGAUUGGCAAGUUUCCUCUUGUUUAUUUUAAGUGAGUGAAAAACUAAAAAGAUCUUAAUUUUAGCCGCAAGGAUAACCUUUUUCCACAAUCCAUUUUUAUGAGGAAUUGAUGGUAGAAAACUUUUCUUUUAAGUCUAGUCCAAAUUAACCAGAAAUUGGACAAUAGUCUCCUCUAAGUCAGUUCAAAUGGAAAUUGCCAUAAGAUUGCAGGGAUUUUUUCGAGCACUUUUCACUAAAUUUCCACUGGCUACAAGUUCCCUUGACAAAUCUUCAGAGAUCUUUCCUCGUCAUCCUAAAAUCGAAAACAAAAAGAAAAAACUUUAAAACUUACAUUCCGUGUCUUAAGAAGUUUACAGUAACCGGAAAUUAGAAGACCGGAAACGAAUAAAGAUCCUUCCAAAAAAUCUGACUUUCUUCAAGACAAAAUGUUUUGGCCAACGUUUCCGGUCCCAUUCCAACACAAUUAGAGAGCGAAUCGGAAAAAAAUAAAUAUAAUUCCCCGAUUCCCCAAUUAAGAAACCCUCAGGGAAACAACCAAUGUGCAGGUGAAAACGCCGAAACAUCGGAGAAUUCUCUUUCUAAUUUACGAGUGUUAUCAGUAGGGAGAAUGGGCGACCUUGUAAUUGGGCCUGUCAUGUCAUGUCUUGGGCUGAUUAUCAAAAACGCGAAAAUUUACGACAUGUUUUAUGAGGGGGUUGCGGCGACUUGAAAAGGGCGUCGAGCACCAGUCGCCUUCUGUUUUGGUUAGAUUAAACUUGAGAGGAAUAUCAGCGGAGAAGUUGGAGCCCUUUUCGUUCCUGAGAAUCCCUUUCCGGACACUUGCGCAAGACAGGUAGCCAUCGGGGUUCGGGGGUCCCUCCUCGAUGGUGAUUGGCUGCUUUCCCUGCAGCCAAUCAACAGCCAGGAGGUGGGGCUAAACCUCUCUGAAGAGAGCCUUUUCUCUCGCACACAACGCCACAGGCAAGCAAACUCCAGCCCCUUUAACCCCCUCCCAUCCCUUCACGAGACCUUCCCCCCAUACUAAACUCCGUCUUUUUUGCGAUGAUCAUUUUUAUGUCCGUUUAAUGACUGGCCGUUUUCUCCUCUCGGAAUGUCCCUAUUAAAUUAAAUUUAUUUGCUUCUGUUGACUCUCGUCGUGCUUUGCAGGGGGGCUUCUUCCAUCGAUAAAGUCUUCACAUUAUGUUUAGCACUUUCUCUUAAUUAUCUGUUAAUUACUCGGGGAGAAAAAAAAUUUAAAAUAAAAUAAAUUUUAUCGCGGCGGAAUUAAUCACGUGCUAGCUACACUCUGAGUGUCGAUGUGAAUGAUGAUUGCGGGGAUUGUUUCCGAGUAUUUUGAUAAAGCGUUUCCUUUCAGAAUUGCCGAUUCUUCAACGCCAAUCGGACUUCUGGAGAAUCUUGUUGAACUGGACGCGCGCACGGGAUUCUGAAGCUGGAUACUGCCUGGAGCGGAUCCCCCGCUCAUCCACCAGUCACCACGACGGCCUCGUUGCCCCGUUCCGGGCCUCAGGCGUCCGGCUCCGAAGGUGUGGCCGCCUUCUUCAAUCCCCAGCCCUACUACGCAUGGCCUCCCAACUACGCGAGUUCCUCGGCAGCCAUGAUGUAUCAGCAAGCAGCAGCGGCAGCAGCACUCAGUUGCUGGCCUUCCGACAUGACCACCUCCCAAAACGGAGGACAGAAUUCUUCUAAUCAGAACUCCUCAUCAUCAACUUAUUGGCCUCUUUCGGCUUCCAACAAUCAGUUACCUUCGAGUACCACAGCUUCCAACAAUCAGAUGUGCUCGUCCUCAGAUUCUACGAAUACAGUUAUCAAUGGAUCCAAUGAAUUAGGCUCAGCUGGGACUUCCAAUCAGGUUCAAAAUACCUCAUCCUCAACGGAGGACGGACAGAACACGACAAAGAAGUUAUAUGAGAAUACAACGGCAGCGUCGUUGUUGUAUUCCAACCCCAAUAACUACAUGAAAAGCAUGUUGGGGGCAGCAGCUCAGUGGGCAAAUGACGCGGUGACGUGAGUUUCCGGCGCUUCUUUUUUAUUAAUCAAUAAACAGUGACUAUUUUAUGGAGUUUACAUUGCGCAAUCAAUUAGGUUUGGUUCUAAGAACUCUGAUUUCAGAUUCCCUUCUGCUUAUUCGGGGUUUUCUCAGUCUUCUUCCGCCCAAUUGAAUACGGAACGAAGUCCCCAGAUCUCUUCCCAUCCAGUGUUUCCCUGGAUGAAGAUGACCGGUAAGUUCAAGAUUUGCAUUUCGCUUUGCCGAGAACAUACGGAUUCCGAGUUACGGUAGCUUCCUUAAUUAAAUGCAUAGAACGUUGCGGGAUGCCGUGCCUUGCCCGCUCGUCUCCCUCCAGCCUGUCAUCUCAACCUUUUUUCGCCCAUGCCUUUUCCCAUCCAACCGUGGAUUGAAUGGCGCUUACUGUAAUUUCUCUGGAGGUCAGAAUAUAAUUGUUCAGACUCCGGUUCCAUCUCGACUCUACCUGUCGGCCGGACUUCGAGUCGACUGUCCUUGGCUGUUAAUUUAUGCGUUUUUGAGUAUUCUUCUUUGCCUCCGAUCCCAUAAAACCGGGCCCAAACCCAUUUAAUGCCACCCUCCGAUCAUACGGGUUGUCGUGUCACCGGGCGUAGUCGGGUCUUCUGGUUGGUUGUCCAAUUUGCAGACUUGAAUGCGGCCUCAGAAGCCGUGGAACAAUGGUCCGACCUUAUGUGUCCCAUAUGUUUGGCGCAACUUUUCGAAAAGUUAUUAAUACAACGUUUAAGGCGUCAUUUGUAACGGGGGAUGUGUGCUUGGGGAUCAUUUAUAACUCUUGACACUUUCGGGAAUCCUCUCGGAUCUACAGCUGGGCCUAUUUUUGGACGGUGAACCGGUGGGUAAUGAGGCUGGGAAGGGUGAGGUGGAUUAAAAUGGAGCUGGGAUUGUGCCCUGGGGGGAAAUAAACUGUCCAAAGUCUUGGGGGAUUGCUCGGACCCGCGUUCCGACCCCAAAAAACCCGGAGAAAAGGCAUGGCCUGCAAUUGUUGUGCUGAUAUUUCACAGAGAUGAAAGGGCGACGCCGCCUUCGGGUUCGAGCCCACGAAUGAAAUAUGGUUAUGGCCGAAACGGUGGGGAAAAAGAGCGGCGGCGGCGGUUCAGAAAACAGAGCCCGGCCUGUUCCCCGAUUAUACGUUUAAAAAACUCGGAAACCGGCUGUCUCCUGCGAAUUGUAUCCCUUUGAAUACUAUAAUAUCCGCUAUGAUAUCGCAGGUAUGAAACCAGGCGAAUCAAAACGCACCAGACAAACAUACACAAGGAAACAGACACUCGAAUUGGAAAAAGAAUUCUAUUACAACAAGUACUUGACUCGCAACCGACGACAACAGAUCUCAGAGGCAUUACAGCUCAGCGAACGGCAGGUAAGACAAAUGCAAAUAAAAGUUGGGCAGAGCUAGGUUUAGAGGGCUGCAAAAAAUUAAUUAGAUUUAUUUGGAAUCUUGAUUUGGUUUAGCUGUUGGCCAUCAAAAAUUGUGCCAAACGGAAAAUGGUUUUUGAAAAAUUUGUAGAGGCGAUCUAUCGCCUGUUACGGUAGAAACUAUACUUUAUGGGGAAUUUUAUUAUAUAUUUUGCCUUAAAGAAUUGAUUGUAAAGUUUUAUGAGGGUCCAUUCUGUCUCUCAAAAUGUUGUUUUUCAAUUUUUUGAACACUGUGCAAUUUUCUUGAAGUUUCAAAACGUUAUAGGCUAUGUUUGCCGAUGAUAUUACUACUGAAAAUAAGAAAAUUCUGAGCUAGGCAUAGUUGCGACCAUAUAUAUAUGAGGGGUUCCGGAUCAAUUCAAAAUUUUUUGGCCAUGAUUCUCAGACACGCGCUUUGGCCAUAUCGAAUUUUUUAUCCCAAUGUGCAGAGCCCAAGACAACUUGUUCUGAACAGCGUAGUGGAAUGAAUUUUCCGCUCCUCGCAAAGUUUUUGCCUAUUUUGGGCCUUGUACAGUGCGGAAGAAAACAUUGCUAUAGCCGAAACUCGUGUCUGGGCGCUAUGGCCAAAAAAAUUUUGAAUUCACCCGGAACCCUUCUUAUACUAUGUUACACCGCAUAAUAAGAUGUCUGAAUACCCGGAUUAGUAAUACUUCCUCAAUUUGGUAUAAAAUAUUCUCAAAGCAGUAAAAAUAAAUGGGCAGAGGCCAUCACUUAACGGGCCCGAAUCGCUACAAUUUAUGAUAAUGGGGUGAUUCUCACUUCUCUAAUGGGUUUAGUUGUUGAUUAAGGGCCUUCUGUUGGGUAUUUUGGCCUAUAAAUAUCACCAUUUCUAUACAAAUAAUAACUUUUCUGAGGGAAUCCGAGGCCAUUAACCGCAUAACGCGAGGGUAUUCUUUGGCCUCAUUAGAAGUAAUGAGCCCGAUUUUGAGGCGAGACAAUCACAAAUUGUAAUUGUUAACUCUCUCGGGGUUUGACUCUCAUCAUUUUCAGGUGAAGAUUUGGUUUCAAAAUCGUCGAAUGAAAUUCAAAAAAGAGGUCAAAGUGGAAAAUGGGGACAGUGGCCCAGAGGACAACUAA